GACAGCGCAUUGACAGUCGUGAGUGCCAGCAUGGCUGACCGCAAACACACGAAAGAAGUUCUCACCGUAUUAUUUUUGUGUGUUUUAUGGUACGUGGUCAGUUCCAGCAACAAUGUCAUCGGAAAAACCUUACUCAACGAUUUCCCGUAUCCCAUGACGAUGACAAUGGUCCAGCUGCUGUCAAUCACCCUUUUUAGUGGCCCCCUGUUUAACUUAUGGGGGAUCAGAAAGUAUGUAGAUAUUUCUUGGAGAUAUUAUUUUACGAUAAUAGUCCCUCUGGCGUUUGGGAAAUUCAUAGCGUCCGUAUUUUCACAUGUCAGUAUUUGGAAAGUCCCAGUGUCCUACGCGCACACAGUGAAAGCAACGAUGCCGCUUUUUACAGUUGUUCUCUCUAGAGUCCUGAUGAAGGAGAAGCAGACGCUUAAAGUUUACAUAAGCCUAAUUCCUAUAAUUGCGGGUGUAGCUAUAGCCACAAUCACUGAAAUCAGCUUCGAUAGUAUUGGGUUAGUUAGCGCUUUAGUGGCUACAAUGGGGUUUUCUCUGAUGAAUAUAUUCUCGAAAAAAGUGUUACAUGACACGAAUGUACACCACUUAAGGUUGUUACACAUUUUAGGAAGACUUGCCCUUCUUAUGUUCCUUCCAGUUUGGGUUCUUGUAGAUAUGUUUAGACUACUGAAGGAUGAUUCAGUCAAAUAUCACGACUAUCGCGUCAUUGGUUUACUCAUAAUGGAUGGAAUUUUGAACUGGCUACAAAAUAUUAUUGCCUUUAGUGUCCUAUCACUAGUAACUCCUUUGACCUAUGCAGUCGCCAAUGCCAGUAAAAGAAUCUUCGUUAUCGCAGUUUCAUUAUUUAUUUUAGGCAAUCCUGUGACUGGUACUAACGUUUUCGGUAUGCUGUUAGCAAUAUUUGGUGUUCUUUUCUACAAUAAGGCGAAAUACGACGCUAAACAGGUUGAAAAGAAGCAAGGUUUGCUUCCUUUCAGUCAAAAUAGUUGGCAGGACCAGACAGGGUACACCAUUCUCCAAAAUGGUGAUGCUAAAAAACCGUCAAAUGGUUUUGUAGCCAACGGGACUGUCAUGAACGGCUCAAAUAAUAAUUCGUUUAUCUACAAUUCUAAGUCUAGCAGUAGUAAUUUAUUGUUUGUGUGAAAUAAGCUUAGCUGUAUUUCUUAUUGUUCAUGAUAGGAUUAAAUCCUGAUAGCAAUACUGACGUUAAAAUUCAUAAGUAAAGUAUUAAAAGUGAUCUGUGCGAUUUAUAUGGAGAUGAGCUAGUCACAAAGUGCUUAAAUAAUUUUGUUUGCUCAUUUUUUUAUUUCAAAUAAAAUGGUGAAUAUUUAAUUCGCGCUUGUCAGGUGUAAAUUUAAAGAUUCACGAGAAUCGUUAGGAUGAUAAGGAAAAGUGCAAAUUGUUGCUCCUUUGAUAUAUUUUUUUAAAUUAUUUAUUGUAGUUGAGGAAUCUUUUCAAUUGCGUUAUUUAAUUAAAUGUAUAUAGCUAAUUAAAUCAAUUGUACCUAAUUAACUGUACAUAUAAUUUAUUAUGUAUACAUUUUAUUUAUGUACUCAGUGCAGUAUUGUAUAUUCUCGAUGAUUGAAAAUGUACAUAAACAACGUUACGAAAAUAUAGUCAUAUUUUUUUAUAA